AUGAUCUCGGGUUCUAUGAUUGAUGAUAUAACAGUUAUGCCGAAAAAUGUACGGAAGGUAGAGCGAUUAGCAGUCACCUUUUCAAAUACAGUUAGCUGUUCGCCUUUGCAAAAAAAAAAAAUAAUAAUCACCAGACUUGUAGUUGUCAAUAGCGUUAGUAGAACAGAAAAACAGGAUUUCCUUGUUUGCUAAAAGAGUUGGUGAAGUUUUAGUACGUUUCAAGUUUAACGAUAAUUUGCAGACAGAAGUUUAGACUGUUAUUUUUUCAUCUAAUAUGGAUUCGCUUUAAUUCCCAGAUGCUCUGAAUGAAAAUUCUUUUCACUUUUUUUGUCAGUCAGCUUUCAUCGGUAGGAACUUGCGCUGAUCUUUUUUCGUAGAUCCUUCAGUCCGACCCUUUUUUCCACUCCAAAUUUUGCAAAUAGAUUAAGCCUAUAUUCCUUAGGACAGGACAGCGAGAUUCCCAAUACUGGAAAGGCUUCUCCUUAUGAGUAAGACCAUUAAGCUGCUAUUAUUAUUUUGUUAUUCGUUCAUCGAUUCUUCUCCUCACUUUUUUCAUUCAUUCAUUCAUUCAUUCAUCCUUCCAUCCAUCCAUUUAUUCAUCCAUUCAUUCAUUCAUUCAUUCAUUCAUUUAUUCAGACAGUCAGUCAUUCAUAUUUGAAUGUCUGAUUUACUUGUAUUUUUUUAGUGUUCAUUAACAGAUCUUUUGUCUACAGCCACUGUUGCGCCCACGGUCAAUUCUUCACUGCUUCUUCGAUGCGACAGGAAAACCAUUCACUUAACUAAGUCAUCUGGAACAAUUCGCUCCCCAGGCUACCCCCAUGAGUAUGCCGAGAAUCAGCGCUGUACCUGGCGAGUGCAGGUACCUCGUGGAUUCCGCAUUAGGAUUCGUUUUCGACGUCAGUUUGACAUUGAACAAUCACCUCAUUGCUCCAAGGACUAUCUCAUGUUGUCCGAUAAGAAGAAUUUUCGCGACGUUCCCAAAUACUGUGGCAGCAUGAGACCUAGAAGCAGCUUCUUGGUGCCGCAUAACUCCGUCUGGAUUCGGUUCCGAUCGGACAACAACACAACUGGCAAGGGAUUUUACAUAUCCUACACUUCAGAGGGUAAAUACAUUCCCUUCACAUUUCAUCAAUCAAUCCAAGAAAUCAAUCAAUUAAUCAUUAGAAACUGUCGUGAAAACUUGUCAAUAAGGUGAUCCCCGCCAUGUUUUCGUAAUAACGUAACUCGUAUGUAAAAUCCCAGCUACCUUUUGCGUCCCGUUUUCUCAAAAUUGAUCGAUUUAGCAAGAUUAGUGUAAAAUAAACCCUUUUUCCAUUAUUUUUAUGACAUGUAAACGUGAUGUAUCAUUCCGUAGUUCGCUUUCAUUCUCCUCGCGGAGAUUCCAAACGCCAGGCACAGUUACGCCCAUUGCUCUCACUCGAAUGUCUGUUUGUUACACACCUGUGACGUCACAUAGUUACGUGACAUAAACUCGAUCGUUUUCCGGUCACGCGCAAAAUUGCUAGUUUUAAUUCGCAAUAUCGAAAAAAUGCUCUUAUCGGGAAAAGUAAUGUGGAAUAAUAUUUAGUCAAAGUACUUUCCAAAAAAAUAAACAUAAAGAAAUAGAUAUGAAAAAUGGGUAUCGAAAACCUAACACCGGUCCUUUAAUUCAAGACGCUGCUAACUCAGUCGACCUUUCCUUUGAAGAACUUUCUCACUUAUCAAACGAAACACAGCAUAUAUUUUUAUCAUGGCUGACCUUUAGAGAGUUUUUAUGAUUUUUAGUGAACGACUCUACGUUACUGAGUGGCCCAUUCGAUGACCAUUUAACCUUCAUCAAGGCAAAAAUUCAGCAGCAAUACGUCUUCGUAGCUCCAGUCAGUUACAUUUCAUAAAUUUUGCUUUUUUGGACUGCUUGAGAGUUUCAAGGGCUACUAAGACCAGAUUCAUAUAACCAAUGCCCUGUGUUUCACACUUUAUUUUGAUACAGAUGAAAAUGAAUGCAAGAAAGACAUGUGUACAUUCCCAACACUGUGCAGAAAUACAGUUGGUAGCUACGAAUGUGACUGUCCUCCGGGAUAUGCCAACAAAGGUCCAAAACAAUCAGCGCGGUGUGAAGGUAUUUAGCAUAGCCAUUCCUUAACUUUUCUCCGUCUCCCCGCCAAAAGUGGACAAGUCUAUAAGAAAACUGACACCAGGAGAUGCUCCCUCCCAUUGCUCAUUUGUUUUUGUUGACUCCUUAAGGGCACUCUCCAACAGUCACAACUGGCCGGUCGGAAGCUGACAGACGGGUCAUUUUGAAAAAAAUUAGGAUUUUCUGAAGAGUUUUCGCUUAAAAAGCCGUCAACCCUAUGAAUAUACUUAGGAACUGACUGAUCUCACUGGUUGCACAGUUUUGGUAAAGAGUGAAAUUCUCAUUACAAAAUCAUUUAAAUCCGUCGAUCGAUCGCAUGAAGUAUUGUUUGAGAAUUUUUGUCAUUUCAGAGAAAUUUUCAUCCGAGAGAUUUCAUCAUAGUUAAUUGAGUGGAAUGGUUAUGAAACCCGUCAGACUCCUUUGUUAUAUGUUUUUGUGGACCUGAAAGUGCACAACGUUCAAAAGAAUUCCUAUCAUUUUGUUUGUAUUGACCAAUAAAAACGUUGCAUUAAUAUAUUCCGUAACAAUUUGCCAACAGAAAACAAAGGAUUGUGCACUUUCAGGGUGCUUCCAACAUAAACUGCAGCACUGUUGUUUUUAUCAUUGAUGUUUGCCGCUUUUCAUAACCAGUCUCCUCUAAUAACUAUGAUUUCAUGGUGGUUUUAAAUUUAGUAAGUUAUUUCAAUGUUUUAUAAUUGUAGAUAUUGACGAGUGCAAAACAGGCAAUGGCCGAUGUCAGCACAAGUGUGUGAACACAGAGGGAAGCUUUUACUGUAUGUGCAAAAAAGGCUAUAAACUCGCAGCAGAUGAGAGGAGGUGUAAAGGUAACUAGCUUAACGUUGCAGUCACCUGUUGAGUUCAAGAUCGGAAUUUAAGCGAAGGAUGGACACUUCCACGGUUGUUUAAAUUCUUGACAUGGACCAAUCUGGGAAAAUCCGUCGACGCCAUUGGAAAGAGCGCCUUAAAGUAAGUAAAAUUGACAAAUUUGAAAGUGAUACUUAAGCGAGCUAUGAUAUAUAUCGCUCCCCAAAGUUGCGAAAAUUUACAGACGGUUUGUAUGGUGGGAGCAAGUUUGUGCCCUCCACCUUGUGUCUGUAAAACGUCUGUAAAAUUUCGUGAAUAUGAGGAGUUAUAUCUUUGUUAGUUUUCAACAAAUCACUCUCAAACUUGGCAAUUUCACUAAUUUCAAGGCGUUCUUUUCAGUGGUGUCGACGAAUUUUCCCUAACUUGUCCUAAGUUGAAGAAAAAAAACGUACAACGAUCUAUGGCUUAAAGACUUAUUUAAUUAUGGGAUUUCCAUCCUAACAGAUUACCAAUGAAGCCUCGAUUCUUAAAGAAUUCAAUAAACUGUAAAAUCUCAUGCUACUGCAAUACAAUCUUUUAGACAACCUUAAAGGUUUGCUCUAGAGUGCUUUAUUCUCGAUGUCAUUGAUGAUACGCACUUUUGAUACGUUUCUAAAAAUAUUGGUAAUGCUACAACCAAAUUAAGAAUUGCAAACGCCCUAAAAAGUAAAUAAAUUUUAAAAUCGUUUGCAUCAAGUAAUAGGACUGAAUUUCAACGUGUCCCGUCAUUCGCACACCGAUACCAUCGUCAGUUCACAAUUGUGAAGAGGACAAACCCUUACUCCUAAGAUCUUGAAAUAUUUUUGGCGUGUAAAAACAUAAUGAAUUAUAGAAUUAUACCAUCGUUUGAUGUUAAAUAGUGUGGUAGCAAGUGGAUGUUGAUAUUUAUUCUAAAUCUCUAAACACCCAACAAAUUGAUACAUAAUUAUGGCAGUCUUUGUUGAUGUGAUCUUGAGGGUCUGUCCAAUCACCAUUGUGAACGCCGAGAAGGCCUUGGGACCGAGCGCUCAGUUUUUAAGUAUGUGUUAUACAACUUAGCGAUCUCCUUAGAUGAUCAAAAGAGUGACAUAUACGCUGAAACCUCUGGGUCAAUCAACAGCUACAUAAAUCAACGAAGAUGGGAUUGUUGCUCUAGUAAAUACGCGAACCUAUUGUAGAGCAGAAUAGUUAUUUGUUCCACACGGAUUUAAUACAUUAAAAAAGGUAUACAAUGUGUUAUAACGGGACGGUUGUACAGGGACCUCAAAGAUUCAAUUCAAGAUUCAAUUCAAAGGCAAUAAAUUAAAUUUUUAAAUAAAUGAUAAGUCAAUUAGGAGUGUUAUACACUGGAUGUUUGUUCAAUAUUUCAAAGCUCAUGAGCAUUAGAUAAUUCUCGUUUACUGAUGUUGCUGUAAUUAUAGGUAAAUUAUUUUCACCUUAUGGAUACCUUGUUUUUAAAUGAAAAACAAUAUGAUUAAAUAUUUACAAGGCAUAUAAAGUAAACGCAUAUACGUUAUGUUUACUCUGCUCCAUAGCCAUCGACUUUACUUGAGAAUAUGACCUAACGAUAGCUAACUAUAUGAGGGAACCUUGGGUUAAAGCGUGGUUUGCGUUUUCAAUAGAGAGGUAAUCAGGUACACAUUUCCAGGCAGAUAAAAGGUCAAAAUUUCGAAGAAGAUGUAAAUUUUAGAAAAAAGGCGAAUGGCCAAUUUUACAACAAGUACAUGAUGUAUGGUCAUGUAAUUAAUGCAUGGUUUUGGGCACUUUUUUUUUCUUGGCUUUUCCCUCAUUUUUUUUUGGCCUGAUUUUCUUUUAUAGACUUGUUUAUUAAAUUUUCUGCCGAAAAACUGUCAUUUGCACCAAGUCAGCUUUACUUGAGAUUAUUAGCUGAAUGCUUACAACAUGUGCUGUGUUUUUUUUUUUUUUUUUUUUUGAAAUCAGCGUGAAAACGCGACACGUGUGCUGACCAAAAAAAAACAAUUAAACAAAGAAAAGGUAUACUGAGACAGUUGCAGGAUUUAUGACAUAUUAAUUUGAGUCACUGCUUUUAUUUUCGCUUCACUUUUAUUUCAGCAAUUCAGAUCAACAAACGAGCUUUCUUACUCGAUACACAAGCAGGAGAUCCCAAAUAAACUUGAUGUAGGCUAGCAAGGAACUGAACUUUAUUAGUUCUCCCUGUUAGAAGAAGUCCUUGCCCGCUGACUUUUCGUGGAACAUUUAGGCUAUCAUAUCAUACUUCGUAAGGAUGAACUAAAUUUCCAAGCAUGUCAUAAAGUUGUCUCCUCUUCGUGAGCCGCGAAAAAGCUUCCCUGAAAAACAGAUAAUCAUACUUAGAGAAAUAAGUUCAAAAUUAUCACGUUACAAACAGUUUUUUUUAAAAGAUCACUCAACUUGAAUUUUUAAAAUUGCCUGUGAGAAAAAAUUGCUGGAUUUCUGGACUGGGUGCAGUGAACAAUACGUUUAAAUGACGAAAUAUAAUACACCAGUUUUUAAGACAAGCCUUGCGUGGAAAUGAAAACUAGAAAGUGGUCUGAAAAGCCAGGUAGAAAAAGUGAGUUAUCUUUAUAUUUUACAAGGAAAAAAAAAAGAAAUUAAAGAUGAACAGACGAAAACUGAUUUCUCUUUAAGCUUAUCAUUUUUUCUUGCUCAGUCCAUCACUAAGACCAAGUGUAGCGAAAGGCUAGAAUGAUAUAAGUUUAAUCUUUUCGUUUAAAAAAUCUCGAUUUCACCCUGUAAUAUAAAAAAAAUCAUUAUUUUUCCUGUUCCGAAAUGAGGAUUUUAGGGCACAACUCGUGCGCCAUAAAUCCUCAAUUUCUCUAUAAUUAUGCCACUUCUGCGUUCAUGCUUGAAUAGUCUGACGCCUUAUUGUCAUCGUAAAUGACCGACCAUCUUUCCCGAUAACGCUGAUAGCCGUGAACCUAUAGUAGGUAUAAUCAAACAAAAUCAUAUUUAUCGCUACAAUCCUAAGCUAAAUCGCAGUUCCUUUACUUUUGCAUCUCUGUCCAUAGGAAAGAAAAAUGCAAAAACCCUAGUCGUGAAUCGAAGCAAUCCUUUCCAUAGAGUCUUCUCUACUACGGCUAAAAUGGAACAGAGAAAACUCUGUUCAUAACAACCAAAAUACUCGAAAGUCAUGGAGAGUCUUUUCGUUUGAAAAGUCUAUCUCUACGAAACUAAUUGACAAACUGUUUUAUAACCGCAAGAAAACAACAUGGCUUCCACCUACGCAACAACCUCCGUGGUUUUCACGCCUUUUACACGGAUUCACUACCCUUUAUAUGUCACUGUACUUUGCCCCACCAAAACCUACUUCGACCCAGCCUUCAGUUCUUCGAAUAUUUUGGCAGGAUAUGAGCGCCACCCAAAUAUUAAAACGGCGGAAAUCGAGCCAGCCUCUGACCACAAAGAUCAAAACUAACAGCUAAUAAUUAUCCGUGAUAAACGUUUUCAAAGUGGAGAACCAAGAAGUUAAGUUGUUUGGCAUGUGGUGCAUGACCCAUUGACUCGCAGUAAUAGAUAAACACGACCGUGAGUGUUUUAUGUAUCAGGUAAAACGGAAGUCUCGAGCAAAAGUAUGCACGGUAAUUUGCACCUCGCAAGCAAAACAUCACCCUAGUGUUCUUUUGGUGUUCGUUGCUAGUGCGUGUCUGUGAAAAAAUCUAUGGUCUUUCUUCAUGAACUAAAUUUGAUACUGAAUGGAAAUAAACUUAACAAACUAACAUAAAGAUUAAGCGUGACUUGGUUGGAAGCCACUUAUCUUGAGGUGACUAGAAAGCCCCUCCAGCACUGUAUAGAAAACCACUUUAUGGUACCGCCAGUGUAAUACCAUAGCUUUAAUACAAAUAAAACACCCUUUUCAAUGAUGCUUUUAUCGGAUAAUAUAACGUCUGAAGUUAAAAAUACCCGUCUUGAUACUUGUUUGCGGUAGAGAACAUCCGUUUCUGCUUUACUAGAACUGUUCUUGGGAAUGCUCCAACAUGCCAAGUAUCGCAAGUGUAACAAGUUUCUUGUUACCGCUGGACUUUGUCCUUAUGUAUUCUCCUCGGCUUUCAUCAGAAGUAACAGUUAAAAGCUCUUGACGAGUUCUAAGGUCAAAACAACUAAAAAUCAAGUUACGCUCGCUAGUUUUAAAUUUAAAUGGAACCUGUCAAAUGGCUACCCCGUUGCUUAUUCUGUGAUGCGGACAUUAUCUUGUUUCCUAUCGCACGGCCGUCUUUCUUCCGCCUGAACAUGACAGAGAUCUCAGUAAUUUGCUUAAUGAAAAAUAUUUAACCCGAACACCUUUUCCUUGCCAGAGCUCCAGUUUGAAGUGUGAUUCAAUUAGGAACAUCCUCGACAACAGUCGUUGGAAUUUAUGUAACCAUAUCCUAAUGCUAUUGAACUCAUUAGAAUGUCGUUUUUUUUUCUUUUUAGAAAUAAUUCCUAGUAACCUAACAGCAACGAUAAAAAUUAGAUAAGCAACGUGUUAAUAGCACACCAUAAGCAUUAAUAAUACCAAAUUCAAAGCUAUUGCAUUAAAAUCUCUGGAAACUGUUAUUUGAAAUAAGGCCUGGUCUGCAAUUAGUACUUCAGCACUUAUGACACUUUUUUUUUAUAAGAAUGCCGCUUUUCCGGCCCAGGUUAGCUGAAUAUUUUUAUUUUUCUGACGAUUUUAGGCUUUAAAUAUCCUUGUAAAGCUUAGGACUUUUUCGUUUUAGAAUGUAUUGGGGUAUAAAUUACAGUUGAUGCAGGUUCUGGUUUUGGUUGCUAGUCUUACCGUUUAGAGAAAGAGCUUUAGCAUCGACGACGGCGUCGGCAGCGAAAACGUCACUUAAAAUGAAUUCGUGUUUUUUCAAACCGCCUCUUUAAAACGUACGUGAAAUUAGGCAUUUGCACGUCGUCGUAGUCGUGCACUGACGGCAGAGAAAUGUACAAAAAGCGUGAUGUACGUGCAAAGUUUUUGUUUCAAACGUGUUGCUUUUUUGGCGUUCUCGUUGCUAUCGCCGUUGUCGUUGCUUAAGUUCCCUGUUCUUAUGAAAUCUCAUCUUUAUGCAGCUAGAUGAAUCGUCCUCCUACUCAUUGUUUUCUUGUUAGCUCGCUUCAUUUUCACUCAAAACUCUUACUAGCCUUUGCCCUCUGAUAAAAUAAUUUAUGAUAAUAACUAAGCACUCAACCAUCACAGUCUUCGGUACUUUCACUGCACUUGGACAACCACAACUUGAAAUUUCCUUAUCACGUCGGCUACGUCAGUCCAUGGACGACGCAAAAACACGACCAGAAAUUUCCCCCUCCCUUUCUAAACUUGGGCGUGGUCCCUAAGAGUUCCACUACAGGGAAAUUCACCUACAUUUGACAUUUAAGCGCGAAUAACCGCGAAAAAAAAUUGUAAAAACGCGAGUUCAUUUUAAUAGUGACGUUUCGUUGCCGUCAUCACGUGUUUGAUACAACUUCCAAAACAACCUGUACACACAACGAGAAGUUUUUCAUCACGUAUCAAACACGCCACCGGGCACGGUUUACUUUGACUUUGGAUUAGUAAUGCUGAUUUUUAGAAAAGCGUUUGUAAUUCAGUAUGCACGCAUGUUUGCUUUCCAGAGAAAAAAAAUUAUCAAGCUUGAAUCACGAAAUUUCUCGCUAUACUUUUCAUUUUUGUGGUAGAAAGAAACUUCCUUUUUACAUUUCGCGUCUCAGCUCGGUGUUCCUUGACAUUCAUGCAACUAAAGAUAUUUCCUAACAAUGAUUGUAUCCAGUCUAAAAUCAAUGAACUGAAAUUCCACUACCGAUUAACUUUCCAAAUUUUAGCUCAAAGAAGCAUGAUAGCUUUUAUGUCAAACUCAAUCCGCGCCUCGUACAUUGCAGAUUUUGUCCCAUUUUCAAACAGUAAGCAAUAGUCAAGACAGAAACAUUCGUUUAAAUUUAAAGGCAUAAAAACUUCUACCAAAAACUAGUAAUUUUCAGUUUGCUUGCUAAUUUUCGUGUUUUGUACACAUGUACUGAAUAGCAUAGAUCAGUAACGAAUACCUGCCCAGCUGUCGUUUAGUCUCUGAUGGUUCUAAUGAACAGUGGAGUUCCCUAUUUUUUACUGAGUAUGUUUUACAAGCCUACAAUCGAAGAUAAUGCCUUUAUUCUAACCUUCCCAUCACUAUAAUAGUACCAAGUUAACUAGUUUCAAAAUAAGUUAUAUUAACUUACUUGACUGUCGUGUUAAUUUUUGCUCUCAUGUCCUUCUUUCUUCUCAGCAGAUCAAAAUGAGUGCAACAGGAACAAUGGCGGCUGUUCUCACUUGUGCGUGAAUUCUCGAUCGUCUCAUUACUGUUCCUGCCCUCACGAAUACGUCCUUCAUUCAGAUAAAAAGACCUGCUAUCCAGGUAAUAUGUUUAUGCGUUAAAUACCUUAUAACUGUCGCAAAAAACCGCUAAUACAGAGAACUUUUAACUGUGAGUGCUCCCGUUGUGUUCCAGAGAGGCAGAAAAAAGAUAUGCUAAAUUCUUAAUAUUGCGUUGUUUUCCAGUAUGUUACUGAAUCCCUUCGCAGGAUUAAUUGCGUGAGAGAAAGUCUAACCACAACGGAACUGACGAAAAGCCACUACUAGUUACGUUCAGUUCUUCUUUUCCCCGGUGUAAAUUAAUAAAUCAAGGAAAUGUCAUCGGCAAAUUGUCAAUUUGCACCAAACUCGCGAAAUCCGGCCAAAAAAGAUCAAUUUUACGGACUUGCUACGUGUCGGUAUGGUACUUAGAUUCCAUUCACAAAAGCCAUUAUUUCGAUUAUAGCCAAGGUUUUUACUUGAUUCAAACGUAUCCCUUAUCGGAAAGACGCAAUAUAAAAGUUACGUAGGUGCUCUACAGUGAAUUAGAAAGUAGACAUCGCGUUGUGGGUGUGGCUGGGUUUGUUACUCCUAAAAGUCGAAAGAAAACUCUUGGAAACCCUUUUUUCGUGUCGGUCGAAUAAAGAGGAAUCUCUACAGCGUGGAUUACAGUGUAAGAGCAAUCUAAAAAGUAGUCUGAAGGUUUUGAGCUUGUUAGUUUGGGAUCAUGUUAAUCCUCUCAUUCUAAUUCCACUUGUUAACAGCACUCUUGUCAUUAAUGCUAUAAAUCUGUUAUUGAUGCUCGCAUCAAAGACACUGAGGAGUGCUCACGAGCUGCAUUUUUCUGGUUUUUUAAACUGUUUUGGGAAGAAUUAAUUGCUUUUUUGCUUGAACACCUUGCAUUUCACCUUAGUUCUUGAUGAAAAAAAGAAUGGAAAUCAAGAGAUUUUUCAAGCAAAACUAACAGAAAUGUUUUACAACUGAAGAUUUACUUAUGGUCCUCCGUUGAAUAAAUUUCGGCUUCCCUCAGUUUGGGAAACUCAAUAAACAGUUCUGUUUAGUUAAAAAUCAUAUUUAAACCUGUUUGUCUUCGAUUAACUUCAAUGUGCGUUAAACACUUUACAAAGAGGGUCAGAGUCUUUUAAAGAAAUUUGUCAGUGUUUCCGGUAUUGCUGUCUCUUAUUAAAUACUGGUUUUACGGGGAUCGUUUUUGCCAGAUUGCCUUUUAUAGUUAAAGGAGGUUUCCUGGCGUGUCCCUACCGAAAUUGGGAAUAUCACCUUUCUAUUGACAGACGUCACUGUCACAUGAACCAGAGAGCUUCCUAGUACAGUGCACCUAGGGUUAGUGGUGCCGACUUGCCUAUUCUUAGUCGCUCGACUUAACACUAUGAAAGGCUUGAACCCAGAGGUCAUUUCAUAAGUAGGUUGAGUACGAUCGUCCGGGUGAACGUAGUCUCCUGAAUAGAACUGUUGUUGUUGACAGUGAACAGUUAGUAGUCACAGUUACCGGCACCGUACAAACGACUUAUUGACGAAAUAAAGCAAACCUAACUACAAGAGAAUGACUGGGCAACUGAUAAUUUGACUAACAGUAAACGAUUAACUGUGACGAUAGACGGAUCGAAACGCACCGAUGACAUUACGAGUCUUCAUAGCCAAUAACAUCACGGCUUAACUGACAGACGACCAAUAACAUCACAACUUAAUUGACCAAUCAGGUCAAUAAUCAGAGUUUAAUACCAUCAACUGACGGAAUACAACUCACUUUGACUCUGAAGAUGACUACCGCACAGGUUGUCGAAACGUCAGUCACUGUCAUCAAAAACAGUCCUAUUCAAGACUGACUCAAGACUAUAUGCAACCGGACCAUCAUACUCAACCUACUGACUUAACUCUCAAGGGCACCCAACGUCAAUUUUCGGAAAAUUUCUGUUCGGAAGACGAAUUGAGAUCUGUUCCCUUAGUAAGGCAUGCAAACGUCUCUCUUUAAGGCCAUCCAAGGGUUGUCCGUCUUAGGCACAGUCUGAACUGUUGUCAAAGAAGAUCUAACAUCAUAUUUUAUUCCUUUUUCUACUUAUAGAAAUAUCAUUCUAUGAUAAGCAGUACACAGUGACUGUCAGUGAAGAUGAACAGCCCAACACCGUGAUUACCAAAGUGCAGGCUAGGACAUUUCCCCUCACACACAGUAUCACCUACACUCUACUGUCAGAAAACCUUAAAAAGCCCUCUCUGUUCGCAAUCAACUCUAGAACUGGGGAAAUUAUGGUCAAACAUAUACUUGCCAGGGUCAAAGUUCGAAAUUUUUUGCUCGAGUUGGAGGCAAGCUUUCAAGUUCCUGAUAAUCCUGGUGAUCGUCAACGUCGAUCCACAAAAUACUUUCUGCUCAUCAACGUUCGAGACCCCCAAAGUGAAAACACGCUUUCUUUUACAAAUUCAACAUAUCACCUAAAGAUCCCAUGCAACGUGUCUCAAGAUGAAACGGUUUUCCGAGUACAAACCGCUGAUACAGAGAACAGCAGGCAUCUGCGAAUAAGAUACAGAUUUCAAAAGAAACUGGACUACUUCCACAUCACGCCUAACGGGAAAAUGAAGGUGAAAAGGAGCCUUCUGUUGUACUGCUUUCUUACUCCUGCCAAAACCUUCCAAACCACCCUCAUUGCGCGAGACACCAGUGGCGUGAGGAGAAAUGCGCACGCUCUGAUGCGAAUAGUGGUAACUCCACCAGGACAGCUCUACAAAGUUACUGCAAGCGUGAUUCCUGACACUAAAAACACCAUAACACCCCCACAGCCUGUAAAAUCAAGCCAUGAGAAAUGA